UUGGCCUGUUUUCUCAGAUGCCCAACCCUAAGUCACAUCACUUUAACGUGACGUGACUGUGAGGGUUGUGCUGGGCUGUUUCAUUGUUGCCAUACCGGUUGGGCCCUGCCCUGUCAUCUGUGCUGACAUAAAGGUUGCCGAGGCUGAUUUAACCACAUUACGCGAGGACGCUGAUAUGCUUUGAUGGAGAUUCACACAACCAGAAAUAAACCUGGUGCUGACUGUUUUAAAUAAGAUGGAGCAGGACCAAAGUUUGAGAGAGCACGAGAGAGCUUCAACAAAACCUACAAGAGGACGUAAACUUCAAUGACAGAGUGACAGCAACAACCUCAGACAUCAACAGCUUCCCCACUCAAAUUUCUCUCCCACAAGUCUGCACCAAAGUGACGUAAUGGCAGCAUCAUCAUUCGCAUCUGAACUCAGGAUUGUGGUGUUUGGAAAGACACAAGACGAAACAACAACACUAAGUAACUUCAUCACAAGGGAUAAAGUUUUUCCUAAUCCGAAAAUCCCAAAGCAAUGUACAGUCACCUACAGAGAAUGGAUGGGGAAAAAGUUGAGGGUAGUGAAAACUCCAGACGUCUUAAGUCUGUCAGUGGAUAAAGCACGACACGAGAUGAGAAAGUGCGUUGCUCUUUGCCCCCCUGGACCAAAUGUUCUCCUGCUGUCAGUGAAGCCGUCUGAUUUCAAUGAAAUAGAUAGGCAAAAAUUAAAGUUCAUCUUGAGUUUCUUUGGUGAAGAUGCUUUAAAAUACUUAAUGGUCGUCCAGACACAAACUGGGGAGGUACAAAAUUCUUCCGUGAACCACAUCAUCCGAGACUGCAGACAAAGGCAGCACAACAUUGACUUUGAUAGAAAAGAUCCUUCCGAACAUGAUUAUCAAGAACUGAUUAAACAGAUGGAGAAGAUAGUGAUGGACAACAAAGGAGGACAUCUUAACUGUACUGAAGGGACUGAUCCCAUGACGGUAUCUGUGACCUCAAAACCUCCUCUGAACUUAGUAUUAUGUGGGAGACACGGAGCCUGGAAGAGUUUAGUAGUUGAUGCCAUCCUGGGUGAAAGAAAGUUUGGUCCACUUGCAAACUCAUCAGAGUGUGUUAAACAUCAGGGAGAGGUGUGUGGAUGUCAAGUUUCCCUGGUGGAGCUACCUGCUUUGUACGGAAAACCUCAGGAGGCAGUGAUGGAGGAAUCAUUCAGGCGUAUGUCCCUCUGUAAUCCUGAGGGCGUCCAUGCCUUCAUCUUGGUCCUACCUGUGGGUCCCCUCACUGAUGAAGACAAGGGAGAGUUAGAGACCAUCAGGAACACAUUCAGCUCUCAAGUGACCGACUUCAUCAUGAUUCUGUUCACUGUGAAGUCUGAUAUUAAUUCUCCAGUUGUCGUAAGGUGUCUAAGGGAGAAUGUGCACAUCCAGGAAAUCCGUCGGAGCUGUGGAGAACGAUUUUUUGUCUUCGACGUUAGAGACAAGCAGCAGGUCUCCCAUGUGUUGCACACUGUGGAACAGAUGAGAGCUGGUCAGUCCAGAUGUUUCACAAAGGAAAUGAUGGCCAAGCCCCGGGUGAAGACGAUUGCACACCAACAAUCUGUACCAAAGAUGGCUGGUUAUAAACUUCAGAGCAGAGAGUGUCUCAGGAUGGUGCUGAUUGGGAAGACUGGUUGCGGAAAGAGCGCCACCGGAAACACUAUUCUGGGCAGACAAUGCUUCACAUCCAGAACCAGCCCAAACUCAGUGACCAUGAUCUGCCAGAAAGCAACAGGGGAGAUUGAUGGACGGCCUGUGGUCAUAGUCGACACCCCUGGCUUGUACGACACAACUCUGACCCACAAUCAAGUUAAACAGGAGCUUGUGAAAUGUGUCAGCAUGUUGGCUCCUGGACCUCACGUGUUCUUGUUAGUGCUGCAGAUCGGCCGUUGCACACAGGAGGAGAAAGAUACUGUGGAACUGAUCAAGGAGUUUUUUGGCAAGAACUCAAAAGACUACAUCAUUGUUCUCUUCACCAGAGGAGAUGAUCUUCAAAAGCAAACAUUUGAGAAAUAUAUACAGGAUGACAGGAAAGGCUUUCUUGACAAACUGAUUGAUGACUGUGGAGGAAGAUACCAGGUCUUCAACAACAAAGAUCAGAGUCGCGCUCAAGUCACAGAGCUACUGAGCAAAGUUGAAUCAAUGGUGAAAAAAAAUGGCGGUGGCUGCUACACCUCUGAGAUGUUCCAAGAUGCUGAGGCAGCCAUACAAAAGGAAAUGAGGAGGAUACUGAAGGAAAAGGAAGGAGAGAUACAGAGAGAGAUGAUGGACUUCGAAAGUAAACAUAACAAACGAAUGCAAGCAAAGAAAAAAGAGUUGGCAGAACAAAAAACCAAAUCUCAACGACAGAAGGAACUGAACAGCGAAGUAAUCAAGGAAAUGGGGGAACGCAUUGAGAAGGAAAAGGAAAAGAUGAGGAGAAAGGAAGAAGAAAUAAAAGCAGAGGAAAGGAAGUCAAAAAGACAGGAAGAAAUUGAACAGAUGCAGCGGGAACAAAAUCGACUUGAAAUGCUUCAAGACAAAUAUGAACAACAAAGAAAAGACUACGAAAUCAAAAGAAGAGAAGAUGCAAUCAGAAAAGAACAAGAGGAGGAAGAACUAAAUAAACUACAAGAAACUCUUGAGAAAAACCUGGCAGUAAUUAAGAAAAAACACGAAGAAGAGGCCCGAGAGCAAGCUGAAGAAUUCAAUGACUUCAGACAAAGAUAUGACGAUGACUAUGCAGCUCUGGCAGAAAAGCAUGACAAGGAAUUGGAGGUUCUGAAGGAGAAGCACUUCAAACACAAUGACUUGAUAGUCCAACAGCUGAGCAAACACAAACCAUAUCGGAAAGACUUCAAGAGACUGAAGAAAAGACAAGAAGAUGAAAUGAAUGAACUUAUCGGCACAAUUCAUUCCCCAAAUGACAAAGAUCUGACCAAAGAAAUCACUGAACUGAAGGCAGUACACGAGGAAGAAAUAAAUAACUGGAUACAAGAACAUGUAAAGAAAGCCAGAGAGAAGAGCUGCACCAUUUUAUAGGUUACAACAGCAGCAAAGUUUCAAGUGGCAUAACUGAGAUAUUAAGAUUUUUUUUUUUUCCCUGUUUCAUAAAGUUGAGUUCAUAAAUUUACAACAAAUUUACUAACUCUUUAAAGCAAUCACUGACUUUCACCCAGGAGGCCGGUGUUCACUUCCCAAGCCCAACCCUGCUCUUUUUUUCUAAACCCAACCACAUGCAUGUGUUCGCUAAAUGUAACCCCGUGUUUGUUGUUAAAGGAAAAAAAUGUCAACGUGUACGAACGUAGUGCAUUUUUUUUUAAAAGAGACUGUAUGCAAACUGUACAUUUCCUGUGAAAACGGAAGUGUGGAUUGAAAACAGACAAUGCAUGUCAAGCUGAAGUUGACAUGGCGCUCCAGAACGUCAACCACCAAUGCAGGGUACCUUGCACGUCAUACCUCGAUGAGAGAGUCCAUGACCAAAUGCUGAUAUGUGAUGACUAAGGAGUGAGAAUGUGUUGGCAAGAAAAGGUAGCUGCAUUUACAAACCAGGAAAGGAUAUAAAAAGAUAUCCAAAUAUUUGAAAAUGCCAAUCAGUAGUGUUCAAACUCUGAUAAGGCAGUGGAAAAUUAGGGGUUCUGUUGAUACCAUGACAUUGUCAGGUAGACCAACAAAGAUUUCAGCCACAGCUUCAGGGAAAAUUGUUCGGGAUGCAAAGGAAACCCACAAGCAACUUCAGAUGAAAUACAGGCCUCUCUGCGAAAAAAAAGUGGUGCGGCUGUUUCAAGAUCCACAAUAAGGAGGUACUUGAUCAAAAAUGGGCUGCACGGUUGAGUUGCCAGGAGAAAGCCUUUACUGCAUCAACGCCACGAAACAGCCUAAUUAUAAUAUACAAGACAGCACCUCGACAAGCCUCAAAACUUCUGGAACAAAGUCAUUUGGAGUGAAAAAGUAAAACUGAACUUUUGGUCAAAACCAGGAAUGCAGUGAAGUGUUUGGAGAGGCAAACAAGGCCUAUGAUGAAAAGUACACCAUCCAAACUGUGAAUCACGGAAGAGGAUCUCUGAUGUUCUGGGGUUGUGUGAGCUACACCAGCAAACAGGGGCUUUAGUCAAAAUUAAUGGCAGUAUGAAUGGAACAUAUUAUCAGAAAAUACUAGACAAUUUGCAUUCAUCUGCCCAGAAGUUGUGCAUGGGACACACUUGGACUUUCCAGGGCCCAACCAACCCUUCAAUGGCUACAGCAGCACAAAGUGAAGGUUCUGGAGCAGUCAUCACACUCUCCUGUCCUCGAUAUAACUGAGCCACUUUGGGAAGAUCUCAAACAUGCACUCUAUGCAAGACAACCCAAGAAUUUACAAGACCUGGAGGCUUUUUGCCAAGAAGAAUGGAUAGCUUUACCACCUGAGAAAAUAAAUUGCCUCGUCCACAACUAUCACAAGACUGCAAGCUGUCAUUGAUGCUAAAGGGGGCAAUACACACUAUUAAGAACGAAGGGUACAUACAUUUUUGAGCAGGGAUCAUGUCAGUGUUCUCUUUAUUUUUUGUUACUGAUUAUAAAAUUACGUGAUGUCUUAUAGUUUAAUCUGAAUCUUAUUAAAUCUUGAGUUUUGCCUCAUCACUCAUGUUUUCUAUAACGAAUGGUACACAUCUCACAAAUUCUGCCAGGGUAUGUAACUUAUGAGCAGAGCUGUACAUAUAUCCCUCUUCUUACAAAACCUGAUAUUGUUGUAAUCUUUGAAAUUGAGUGGUGGGCCUCUUAGUCUUUGUCAGAUCCUCUUGAAGUUCUAUGCAGCAAGGUAAGGACAGGUAAGGGGAGAGGUGUACCUUGCAAACACUAAAAUGUCAAACAGUCACUCAGGCCUUUGUAAAUCCUAGCUUCAGAUUUGUGAAUGAACUCUUGCAACUGUGUUUGGAUGUGUAUUAGAUGGAUCAUGUCAGACUACUGUUCGAAAUGUGUUUACAAGGAUCAACUGGGCUCAGUUUAUACACAUUUUAUAACACAUCACUGAACAUGAUAAGUGAUUACACUAUGUGUCUAUUCUUUGUAAAGUUCAGUACAGAAUGUUAUUAAAGGUUUCAUUAACUGCAAA